AUGCUUCGACACGUGGUCUUGCUGCUCGGCGCUACAGCCACUCUGGGCAUCGCGGCGCCUGCGGAGGCACCCGCGAAGACACAUGAUGAUGGGGCCCCCGUGGCGCCCCAGGACUGGAACGACAAGUGGCCCUAUGUCAUCUGCACGGCCGCCGGCCCCCAGUGCAUGAACGUAAUUGGCGCCGAAGGGCUCAACGUGAUGGUCGCCGCGUGGUGCCAGUGGGGGUGGAAGGAGUUCCCCGGAGGCAAAUGGAGGUUCGUGCUGAGGCUUUGGGGCGACCCGUUGUUCUGUUUACCUGGACAGGAUUGCGAAAUAGGUCCGGUAGAGUACGGCCCAGGUCACUGGGAACCCCCAGCUCAACUUUACAGUGGCAGUGGGGGUGAUAGCAGGGGGGAUGAGGGUGUGUACAAGGUCGAUGCGGCCGGCGAGGUCGACGGCACUGUCCAUGCCGAGUGGGGUGGUACUCGGAUAGCCGCAAAAUGUGUCUACCGAUAG